AUGUCUACAGUUUUCAGAUCAAUAGUGAAAACUGCUUUAGGUGUUGUAGCCAGGAGAUCAUAUGCAACUCAAGCUACUUCAGCUCGAAUAAACCGCAAAGUCGACUACGAGAAGACACCAAUUCUGUACAAGACCGAGAAGGUUGCCCGCGAUGCUUACGGGUUGGGGUCGGACGGUGCACUCGAAUGGCAGAACUUGAAUCAAGCAGUGUGUAAUGCGAUGCACCACGCCUUGAAGACUGAUGACAAUGUUAUCCUCUUUGGAGAAGACGUUGCCUUUGGAGGAGUCUUUAGAUGUUCAAAAGGCCUUGCUGACGAGUUCGGUGGCACGCGAGUGUUCAACACUCCUCUGACGGAGCAAGGCAUUGCUGGCUUCGGAAUUGGAUGUGCUGCCCAAGGGAUGAAACCAAUUGCCGAGAUACAAUUUGCCGACUACGUGUUUCCAGCCUUUGACCAGAUAGUCAAUGAAGCCGCAAAAUUCAGGUAUCGAGAAGGAGGUACUUCUCAGCACUGCGGUGGCUUGGUUAUUAGAAUGCCUUGCGGAAGCGUUGGCCAUGGGGCUUUGUAUCACUCGCAAAGCCCAGAAUCACUGUUUACACACGUACCAGGUGUCAGAGUGGUCAUGCCGAGGUCACCUUCUCAAGCAAAGGGGAUGCUCAUCAGCUCAAUACUCAACUGCAAUGAUCCCGUCAUCUUCAUGGAGCCGAAGACCCUGUAUAGAGCGGCUGAGGAGUUUGUACCUCGUGAUGCAUUCAGCCUGCCGCUGGACAAAGCGGAAAUCUUGAAGGAAGGCACGGACCUGACAGUCAUAUCUUAUGGUCAGCCACUAUACCUCUGUUCGGAAGCUAUACAAUCACUGGAGAAGGAGAUCAAAGGAUUGAGCAUCGAAUUGGUUGAUCUAAGAGCAAUUUAUCCUUGGGAUCGCGAGACUGUAUUGAAAAGCGUUAACAAGACUGGUCGAGCUGUGAUAGUGCACGAAAGUAUGCUCAAUGCUGGUGUUGGUGCGGAGAUGGCUGCAAGCAUUCAAGAAGGCUCUUUCUUGCACCUGGAAGCGCCUGUGGCUAGGGUGACCGGCUGGGAUGUUCAUCCCGGAUUGGUGUUCGAAAAGUACAAUAUUCCGGAUGUUCUGAGGAUCUACGAUACCAUAAAACGGACACUGAACUACUAA